AAGAACAUUCAGAACAUAUUUAAAGUAUUAAUAGUCGUUUAAACUGAGUCCCGCCUCUCAGGAAAUAACACCCCUUGUGUUCUGCAUAGUCUUUAACAGUCACAAAUUUCUCUGACAAAUUUCACAGAUUCAGCUGUUAUAACCAAGAGACAUGACCGGGAACUCAACCACACCCGACAAUUCAAGUGAUUUAAACUAUGAUUAUUACAAUAACCGUGGAGACAACAAUGAUUUUGCUCCAAGCAACAACAGCAACACGAAGGCCUUCAGUGAAGUUUUUCUUCCGACUUUCUAUAGCAUAGUCUUCAUCAUUGGCUUCAUUGGGAACGGCCUGGUUGCGUGGGUCCUCAUCAGACACCGUCACAAAUCCAACAUGACAGACGUGUGUCUCUUAAACCUCGCCAUCGCUGACCUGCUCUUUCUUGCGUCACUUCCCUUCUGGGCUCAUUCGGCCAGGGCUGACUGGAUCUUUGGUAAAUUCAUGUGUCAUACCGUAACGGGCCUUUACAUGAUGGGUCUCUACGGCAGUAUCUUCUUCAUGGUGCUUAUGACAGUGGAUCGCUAUGUCAUCAUCGUUCAUCCCCACAGUAUCUUUUCCAAGAACCGCUCUGCCCAAACAGGUUUGGUUUUGGCUUUGUGCAUGUGGAUCCUCAGCCUGUUUGCAUCUCUUCCAAAUAUUAUAAUUGUCCAUGAGUCCAAAGAGAUGAAUGAUUUAACAUAUUGCAGAUCAAACUAUUCAAGUGAUGCCAUGAAGUAUUUUAUUUCCUUUAAGAUAAACUUCUUGAGUCUGUUUCUUCCUCUGAUUAUAAUGGUUUAUUGUUACGCACGGAUCAUCCCAACUCUGACAAGCAUCAAAUCACAAAAACGACACAAAAUCAUCAGACUCAUUCUGGCUGUGGUGGCUGUUUAUUUCCUCUUUUGGACGCCAUACAACAUUACCAUAUUACUUCUCUUCAUGCAGACACAAGGCUACAUGCAGUCUUCUGAAUGGGAUAAUAGUUUGAAACUGACCAUGCAAUGGGUGGAGACUAUCGCCUACAGUCACUGUUGCCUCAAUCCCAUCAUCUACGGCUUUGUUGGAGAGAAGUUCAGAAGAGAAGUCAUAAAGGUGGUAAAGGAGCAGUUUCCCAUGUGCUUCAGACAAUGCUCAUCUUUCUCACAACAGUUAUCUGAACGCAAAGCCUCGACCUUCUCAAAAUCAACUGACUUUUCCAGCACACAUUUGUGACCCUGGACCAUAAAACCGUAAGGGUCAAUUGUUUGAAACUGAGAUUUAUACAUCACAUGAAUGCUAAAUUAAUAAGCUUUCCACUGAUGUAUUGGUUGUUAGAAUGAUAAUAUUUGGCUGGGAUUUACAACUAUUUGAAAGUCUGGAAACUGAGGGUGCAAAAAAAUCUAAAUAUCAAGAUAAUCGCCUUUAAAGUUGUCCAAAUGAAGUCCUAAGCAACUGCAUCCACUCACAGAAAUAUAUUUUUAGUAUAUUUAUGGUGGGAAAUUUACAAAAUAUCUUGACAUCAACGAUUUUGUC